AUGCUGGACUCAACACUUACAAUCUCGUUCGCCCCCUACGUCGUCCAGUUCGCAAAAAGGAUCCUGAAUCCAAGCCAACAUGCUCUGGAUGCUCUAGAAGAAGAUCUACUCGAGUUGAAGGGCCCAGUGGGACUCCGACCGGAGACGAUGAAGGUCAUGCAUGAGGCGCUUGCUCCCGGGGAUCAACUCCGGACGACCACCAAGGUGAUGCUCAAGGCACUAGUCGACAUCAUUGCCUCAAACAAAGCCGUCAACCAAGGGAACUGUAUUAAGCUUUUCGCAUGGACACGUAAGAUUGUGACUAGGGCCAGUACCGACGCCAUUUAUGGCAUCGAGAAGAAUCCGUUCCAAGAUGCGGACGUGUGUGAUGGGUUCUGGGCGAUUGACGACGACUUCGUCCUCCUAGGCCUCAACCUUAUCCCGAACAUCAUUGCACCCAAAGGCAGCCGCGGGCGGGACCUUUUUUUCAAAGCCAUGCACAAAUACUAUGCUGCAGAUGGACACAAGACUGCAUCCGCACUGAUCAAGUUGCGUGACGAGGUUAACGAGAAAUAUGGUCUAUCCGAGAUGGAUACAGAGCGGUUCAACUUGAGCGUGUGUUAUGGUCUCCUCGUCAACACCGUCCCCGCCACAUCAUGGGUCAUAUACUACGUCUACUCCGAUCUGCCUCUCCUAACAAAGAUACGCAAGCAUGUCGACUUGCUCGUACAUCAUAGCAAUAGCGGGCUUGUAACCGUCAACAUCCCAGAGGUCAUCGCAGGCUGUCGGCUUCUCCAUUCCCUUCUACAAGAAGUUCUCCGCGUGCACAGCACCAAUGCCGCUGGCCGUGUGGUACUACAGGACACAUUGAUCAACGACAGAUACCUGUUGAAGAAGGAUGCUUUACUCUUUAUCCCUUCCGCAAAUAUACACCGCAGCGAGUCAGCAUGGGGCCCAACAGCCUCUACCUUCGACCCCGAGCGGUUCCUCGAUCUUGGGACCGCUAAGAACACGCACAAGGUCCCCGGAUACGCAUACCGGGCAUUUGGUAGGGGCGCCAGCAUUUGCCCUGGUAGGCAUUUUGCAACGUACGAGAUCUUGACCGUCUUGAUCAUCACUGUGCUGAGGUUCGACAUCCUUCCUGUGCGGGGCCGUUGGGAGAUGCCCAAGACCAAAAGCCACAUCACGACAAGCAUUAUGACCCCGUUUGAGGAUAUAGAUGUCCGAGUCAAGCACAGAGAGGACAUGAAGGGGGUGGAGUGGGCGUUUGUCUGGGAGGCGGAUCCAAGUGAGGACGCAGGACUAGCCACGGCAGAGUUUAGUGUCAAGUCUCCGUAA